AAUGAGAGAAGUCAUAUCUAUUCACGUAGGAUAAGGAGGUAUUUAAGUUGGUAAUGCCUGUUGGGAAUUAUUCUGUCUUGAACACGGAAUCCAACCAGAUGGUUAAAUGCCAUCAGACAAGACAAUCGGAGGAGGAGAUGAUGCCUUCAACACCUUUUUCUCAGAAACAGGUGCAGGAAAGCACGUCCCAAGAGCUGUCUUUUUGGAUUUGGAACCAACAGUUAUUGAUGAAGUCAGAACAGGAACAUACAGAUAAUUAUUCCACCCAGAAUAAUUGAUUUCAGGAAAAGAAGAUGCUGCCAACAACUUCGCCAGAGGUCACUAUACAAUCGGAAAGGAAAUCGUCGAUUUGUGCUUAGACAGAAUCAGAAAGUUAGCUGAUAACUGCACAGGUCUCUAAGGUUUCUUGGUCUUCCACUCAGUCGGAGGAGGAACAGGAUCAGGAUUGGGAUCACUUUUAUUGGAAAGAUUGUCAGUCGAUUAUGGUAAGAAAUCUAAAUUGGGUUUCACCAUCUAUCCAUCACCAUAAGUUUCAACAGCCGUCGUUGAACCAUACAACUCCAUCUUGUCAACCCACUCAUUGUUGGAACACACUGAUGUCUGUGUCAUGUUGGAUAAUGAAGCCAUUUAUGAUAUUUGCAGAAGAAAUUUGGAUAUUGAAAGACCAACAUACACAAACUUGAACAGAUUGAUUGCUUAAGUCAUUUCAUCAUUGACAGCUUCAUUGAGAUUUGAUGGUGCCUUGAAUGUCGAUAUCACUGAAUUCUAAACCAAUUUGGUGCCAUAUCCAAGAAUCCACUUUAUGCUUUGCUCAUAUGCUCCAAUCAUCUCAGCUGAAAAAGCUUAUCACGAAUAAUUAUCAGUUGCUGAAAUCACAAACUCAGCCUUUGAACCAGCCAACAUGAUGGCUAAGUGUGAUCCAAGACAUGGUAAAUACAUGGCUUGCUCCAUGCUUUACAGAGGUGAUGUCGUCCCCAAGGAUGUCAAUGCUGCUAUUGCAACAAUCAAGACAAAGAGAACAAUCUAAUUCGUCGAUUGGUGCCCAACAGGAUUCAAGGUCGGAAUCAACUAUCAACCACCAACAGUCGUCCCAGGAGGUGAUUUGGCUAAGGUUAUGAGAGCUGUUUGUAUGAUCUCCAACUCAACUGCUAUUGCUGAAGUUUUCUCCAGACUUGAUCAUAAAUUCGAUCUUAUGUAUGCCAAGAGAGCCUUCGUCCACUNUGGGUAACUGCUGAAAUUCAAAUAAUUUUUUUAGAGAGUUUUCAUCACAUAGCACUUUAAAAAUGAGAGAAGUCAUAUCUAUUCACGUAGGAUAAGGAGGUAUUUAAGUUGGUAAUGCCUGUUGGGAAUUAUUCUGUCUUGAACACGGAAUCCAACCAGAUGGUUAAAUGCCAUCAGACAAGACAAUCGGAGGAGGAGAUGAUGCCUUCAACACCUUUUUCUCAGAAACAGGUGCAGGAAAGCACGUCCCAAGAGCUGUCUUUUUGGAUUUGGAACCAACAGUUAUUGAUGAAGUCAGAACAGGAACAUACAGAUAAUUAUUCCACCCAGAAUAAUUGAUUUCAGGAAAAGAAGAUGCUGCCAACAACUUCGCCAGAGGUCACUAUACAAUCGGAAAGGAAAUCGUCGAUUUGUGCUUAGACAGAAUCAGAAAGUUAGCUGAUAACUGCACAGGUCUCUAAGGUUUCUUGGUCUUCCACUCAGUCGGAGGAGGAACAGGAUCAGGAUUGGGAUCACUUUUAUUGGAAAGAUUGUCAGUCGAUUAUGGUAAGAAAUCUAAAUUGGGUUUCACCAUCUAUCCAUCACCAUAAGUUUCAACAGCCGUCGUUGAACCAUACAACUCCAUCUUGUCAACCCACUCAUUGUUGGAACACACUGAUGUCUGUGUCAUGUUGGAUAAUGAAGCCAUUUAUGAUAUUUGCAGAAGAAAUUUGGAUAUUGAAAGACCAACAUACACAAACUUGAACAGAUUAAUUGCUUAAGUCAUUUCAUCAUUGACAGCUUCAUUGAGAUUUGAUGGUGCCUUGAAUGUCGAUAUCACUGAAUUCUAAACAAAUUUGGUGCCAUAUCCAAGAAUCCACUUUAUGCUUUGCUCAUAUGCUCCAAUCAUCUCAGCUGAAAAAGCUUAUCACGAAUAAUUAUCAGUUGCUGAAAUCACAAACUCAGCCUUUGAACCAGCCAACAUGAUGGCUAAGUGUGAUCCAAGACAUGGUAAAUACAUGGCUUGCUCCAUGCUUUACAGAGGUGAUGUCGUUCCCAAGGAUGUCAAUGCUGCUAUUGCCACCAUCAAGACAAAGAGAACAAUCUAAUUCGUCGAUUGGUGCCCAACAGGAUUCAAGGUUGGAAUCAACUAUUAACCACCAACAGUCGUCCCAGGAGGUGAUUUGGCUAAGGUUAUGAGAGCUGUUUGUAUGAUCUCCAAUUCAACUGCUAUUGCUGAAGUUUUCUCCAGACUUGAUCAUAAAUUCGAUCUUAUGUAUGCCAAGAGAGCCUUCGUCCACUGGUACGUCGGUGAAGGUAUGGAAGAAGGAGAAUUCUCUGAAGCCAGAGAAGAUCUUGCUGCCUUAGAAAAGGAUUAUGAAGAAGUUGGUAUUGAAACUGCUGAAGGAGAAGGUGAAGAAGGAGAAGCAUGAA